AUGUCAGCUGAAAUAAAUAAAGGACCCCUGCUGGGAAUGCGACAUGUUCAGACCUUGCUGAUUUUCCUCAACAUAACUUGUUUGUAUAUCGGACGCCUGAAUGUGGGAGUAUCCGUUGUGGCCAUGACAAAUGCGGAGUCUACAAAUCCGAAAUUUCCAGAAUAUGAUUGGAACUUGACAGAAAAGUCGUAUAUACUCUCCAGCUUCUUUUGGGGAUAUAUUUUCACCCAGUUCCUGGGAGGGUAUCUCUGCAAGCGGUAUGGAGUCAAGAGUGUCAUGCUCUGGGGAUCCUUUGCCUCGGGCGUCUUUAGUGCUUUGACACCGCUUUUCAUCAGCUUUGGCGGAUGGCGAGCUUACUGCGGCAUAAGAGUCCUGAUGGGCUUUGCUCAAGGACUGAUCUUUCCCUGCAUUCACCAGCAUUUGGCCAGAUGGUCACCUCCGAACGAGAGAAAUCGUUUGGGAGCUCUUAGCCACACGGGAAUCGAGUGCGGAAACGUGUGUGCCAUGUUCUUGAGUGGAAUGAUAGCCAAGAGCCCUAUUGGAUGGCCAGGAAUAUCGUAUGUCUCAGCUGGAUUGGCCUUUACAUGGUGUGCAUUCUGGUUCUUGUUCGCCGCCAAUAACGCUGUAGAAUCGCGUUACAUAGGAGAAGCGGAACUAAACUAUAUCGAAUCGUCUUUGAAACAUAACGAGGACUACCACAAGACCAUCAUUCCGAUUCCCUGGAAGGCUAUUUGGACCUCGACUCCGUUCUUGGCUCUUCUGGUGGCUCGUUGCUGCGAGACCUGGGGUCUGAGUACCCUACAGGCCGAGAUACCAACCUAUAUGAACGGCGUUCUUGAUAUGGACAUGAAAAGCAAUGCAUUCUUUUCGGCGUUACCGUUUUUGGCCAUGUGGGUUAUGUCGUAUGUUUACCUGAUUACAGCCGACGUUUUGCUUGCCGGAAACAGGCUGAGUCUAACGGCCCUUCGAAAGACCUUCAACUCGAUGGCCUUUUGGAUUCCCUGUGCCACCUUGAUUGGUAUUGGUUUCCUGGACCAGGAACAGAGGAAUCUAGCCAUUGCUCUGAUGACCAUCAGUGUGGGUGUGAACAGUGGUGCUACGAUUGGUACCUCCCUGAACACCAUAGAUCUAUCACCGAAUCACGCCAGUAUCCUUAUGGGCAUAGUGAAUACAGCCGCGAAUGUGGUUCCCAUAGUAACACCCCUGGUUGUAGGUGUAAUCGUCGAGGAGGAAUCAAAUCGUUCGGAGUGGCAAAUCGUUUUCAUCAUCGCCUCAGUGCUCUUCUUUUUCGGAAAUUGCGUAUUUUUGUUCUUUGGCACGGCUGUGUCUCAGCCUUGGGAUGCGGAGGACUUUCUCCAAUUGAAGCAGCCUGAACUGGGUAUAAUGCCAGCUAAUCGCGAAGCAUCCAAAGAUAACCACGAAAUGCCUAAAGAAGUUUUAGGGUCACUAAAUAGUUAA